ACACCUCUAAACAGUGACAUAUCACACCAAAAACAGCCUCCUAUCCUAAAAAACUUUCAUCAGUUACACUCUAACCACACACCAUCUUCUUCCUACAUCUCUCACAAAAGAAAAAGAAAAACCCAUAUUUUUCAUACACACACACACUCACUAAAGCAAUAGAGGGAUAGAGAAAAAGCGAGGAGACGCAGCAAUGGCAGUCUCCACAGUGUACACAGUCCAAUCCCUCAACUUCUCCACACCAUCAAAACCCUUCUCCCAAAAACACAUACUCUUCUUCAGCACAACCAAGAAAGCCACCCUCACCAGAAGCUACAAACAGAUAUCAUGCUCCGCCGAGGACAAGACGGUGGUGAUCGGCCUUGCCGCCGACUCCGGCUGCGGCAAGUCCACCUUCAUGCGGCGGCUGACCUCCGUGUUCGGCGGAGCAGCCGAGCCGCCCAGGGGCGGGAACCCGGACUCAAACACGCUGAUAAGCGACACGACGACGGUGAUAUGCUUGGACGACUACCACUCACUGGACAGAACCGGACGGAAGGAGAAGGGCGUCACCGCACUGGACCCAAAAGCUAACGACUUCGAUCUCAUGUACGAGCAGGUGAAGGCUUUGAAAGAUGGAACCGCUGUUGAUAAGCCUAUUUACAACCACGUCAGUGGUCUAUUGGACCCGCCGGAGCUCAUCAAGCCUCCCAAGAUUCUUGUUAUUGAAGGUUUACACCCAAUGUACGAUGAACGUGUUAGAGACCUCUUGGACUUCAGUAUUUACCUGGACAUCAGCAACGAAGUCAAAUUCGCAUGGAAAAUUCAGAGGGACAUGGCUGAAAGAGGGCACAGUCUUGAGAGCAUCAAGGCCAGUAUCGAAGCCCGAAAACCCGACUUUGAUGCUUACAUCGAUCCACAGAAGCAAUACGCGGACGCUGUGAUCGAAGUGUUGCCAACUCAGCUGAUACCGGAUGACAACGAGGGCAAGGUUUUGAGAGUGAGACUCAUCAUGAAGGAAGGUGUCAAGUUCUUCAACCCUGUCUACCUCUUUGAUGAAGGCUCCACCAUUUCUUGGAUACCCUGUGGAAGGAAGCUCACUUGCUCCUACCCCGGCAUCAAAUCCUCCUACGGCCCCGACACUUACUACGGCCAAGAGGUUUCUGUACUGGAAAUGGAUGGGCAGUUUGACAGACUAGAUGAGCUGAUCUAUGUGGAGAGCCAUUUGAGCAACCUUUCGACUAAGUUCUACGGAGAAGUGACUCAGCAGAUGUUGAAGCAUUCAGAUUUCCCUGGGAGCAACAAUGGGACAGGGCUGUUCCAGACCAUCGUCGGGUUGAAGAUCAGAGACCUCUACGAGCAGAUUGUGGCGAGCAGGACGGCUGCUACCCUCGAAGCUGCCAAGGCAUGAUGAGUUGAGUGCUCUAUAUAUCUAUGCUUAGAAUUUUCCCACUGUUAGCGCGUUGGUGUUGGGGGGAAUUGGUAUUGUUCCUCGUCGAAUGAGGUGUUGUUGUCUAUUUUGUAUUUAUUCUAUGAGUUGAAACUCUGUGGAGAUUUGUAACAUAGAGAAACGACUUGCACAUAUUUCAAAUGGAGGAAUCCUAUAAUUAUAAACACAUUUCAUACAUAA